ACGGAAUCAUUCAUGAAAUGAGUCCCUCGGUUAAAGAGGGAUGGUUGCUGCCCGGGCCCUCCACUUUCUGUCUCGCUUACUCUUUCUUCAUGUUGUGAAUAGGUUCCUGUCCUAGUCCCACCAGACCGGAGCAAAAGCGCAGCUUGCAUUUUUAAAUUUUUAAAAAACUUUACUGGUACUCAUGUCGCACUUCAGCACUUAGUGAGAAAAUUUUCCCUUCAGCACUAGUGGAAAGUUUUCCAGGGAGCACUUAAUAACACCGACAGAAGAAUCCACGGGCAGAAUUUUGUUCUUAGGGCUGGCUUACUCAGCCUAAUGGUUGGGUCAGUAGAGGAACUCAGAAAACCAAAGUCAGUUCUCUUGAUCAUUAAUUGUAUUUAUUGAAAAGCAUAGGAAGGCUCACCAUUUCAGUGAACCAAGGAGAAAAUCUGAACAAAAAUGGGUGUUUUAUCUGCUCCGUGAACCUAUCCUUAUGAGUGACUUGUUAUUCCCACCUCAAUCUGUUUCUCCAUAGAAAGAAUUAAGAACAGCAGAAUCAUUCAAAACAGCAAGGCGUGGCAAUGGCAGAUUCUGCACGGUAGAGUUCAUGGCAAGUAUUUGUCUAAUAUAAGCCAAGCAAGACGCACAUACAAGCUUAAGACUGAAGACUGGAACGGCUAGAGGGAGGUGCAUAGCUGCAGCUCAAAGAAAAUGAAUGGCACACUGGAUCACCCAGACCAACCUGAUCUAGAUGCUAUCAAGAUGUUUGUGGGUCAAGUCCCACGGAGCUGGUGUGAGAAGGAUCUAAGAGAACUUUUUGAACAGUAUGGUGCUGUCUAUGAAAUCAAUGUCUUGAGGGACAGGAGCCAAAACCCUCCUCAAAGCAAAGGGUGCUGUUUUGUUACAUUUUAUACCCGUAAAGCUGCACUAGAAGCACAGAAUGCUCUUCACAAUAUGAAGAUCCUCCCAGGGAUGCACCAUCCUAUCCAGAUGAAACCAGCUGACAGUGAAAAGAGUAAUGCAGUAGAAGAUAGGAAGUUGUUUAUUGGAAUGAUAUCCAAGAAGUGCAAUGAAAAUGAUAUCCGAGUGAUGUUCUCCCCCUUUGGGCAGAUUGAAGAAUGCAGGAUAUUACGGGGCCCAGAUGGCCUGAGCAGAGGUUGUGCAUUUGUGACUUUUACAACAAGAGCCAUGGCACAAACAGCAAUCAAAGCAAUGCACCAAGCACAAACCAUGGAGGGCUGCUCUUCUCCCAUUGUGGUAAAAUUUGCAGACACGCAGAAGGACAAAGAGCAGAAACGAAUUGCUCAGCAACUCCAGCAACAAAUGCAACAGAUCAGUGCUGCCUCAAUAUGGGGAAACCUGGCUGGUCUCAACACACUUGGACCCCAGUACUUAGCACUUUAUUUGCAGCUCCUUCAGCAGACAGCAGCUGCUUCAUCUGGGAACCUGAACACAUUGAGCAGCCUCCACCCAAUGGGAGGACUGAAUGCGAUGCAAUUACAGAACCUGGCUGCGUUAGCAGCUGCAGCCAGUGCAGCUCAGAACACACCGAGUGGCACCGCUGCACUCACUUCCUCCAGCAGUCCCCUGAGUGUGCUCACCAGCUCAGCAGGUUCCUCACCUAGCUCCAGUAGCAGCUCCUCUGUUAAUCCAAUGGCCUCCCUUGGAGCAUUGCAGACGCUGGCAGGGGCUACAGCAGGCCUCAACGUUAGCUCUUUAGCAGGAAUGGCAGCCUUAAAUGGAGGACUUGGCAGUGGUGGUCUUUCAAAUGGGACAGGUAGCACAAUGGAAGCCCUCACACAGGCUUAUUCUGGAAUCCAGCAAUAUGCUGCUGCUGCACUGCCCACACUCUAUAACCAGAGUCUCUUAACACAACAGAGUAUUGGUGCAGCGGGAAGUCAAAAAGAAGGUCCAGAGGGAGCCAAUCUGUUUAUCUACCAUCUUCCCCAGGAGUUUGGGGAUCAGGAUCUGCUGCAGAUGUUCAUGCCAUUUGGAAAUGUCGUCUCUGCCAAGGUGUUCAUUGACAAGCAGACCAAUCUAAGCAAGUGUUUUGGUUUUGUAAGUUACGACAAUCCUGUCUCUGCACAGGCUGCCAUUCAGUCAAUGAACGGCUUUCAGAUUGGCAUGAAGCGUCUGAAAGUACAGCUCAAGCGCUCUAAGAAUGACAGCAAGCCAUACUGAGCACCCUCCCCUCCGGGACUGGAGUGAGAAGGAUCUUCUGAUUCCUGCCGUUUGUUCAUCGUUGUGCCUAAAGCAUGUCGAUGUGGCGUUCAAGUACAUCGUCCAAAUCCUUGUCUCUUCAGCUUCUCUGAUGCUUGAACUCUCACCUUUGACCUUGUGUUGACCUUUGAUGCUGAUGUGUAUUUUUAUUACGUUUGUUUCUUUCUUUUUUUUUUUUGUGCUGCCAAAUUGGUUUUGCUAGAAAGACUGCUGAAGGGGAAUAUUUAAACUUGCAUUUGAAUAUAAAAGAAUUUCUAUUUUUCUAGACCUUCGUAAGAUAACCACUUGAUUUUGUGAAUUUGAUUCUUUGUAAUUGUCUUCAGAGCAGCCUUGCUAGCAUACCUUGUGGAGUAUUUGUAUUUCUGUGAACAUACAGCCAAUCACUUUCUAGGCUUAGUUUUUUCUGUGUGCUUAGUUUUAAAAACACAGUUCGAAUUAAAAGUCAAUUAUAUGGUGUGACUUAAUCUUUCAGGAGACUUCCUAGUCACAUUUUGCUGAUUUGGUUUCUGUGCUUGAGGAGACAGCAUGUGUUUUUAUGAGUUCAAACUUGUGACUUGAAGUGGCAUCAACAGAAAACACUUGAACUACAUUUUCCUCUGAUUGUAGCUACAUUUUUACCCUGGCAUUUACUGAUUUUUUUUUAAUUA